AUGUUGGUAACCACUUUUAAUAGAAGAAUGAACUAAUUAUUAUAUUCUCUUUAAGACAAAUAAGAACAUAUGAUAUAGCAAAAUAUUCUUGAUUUAUAUAAUUACAUUUUGGAUCCUGAAUUUAAUUAAUAUUUAUUCCAACUUUGGUAAUUAUUAUUCAUUUUAUCUAUAGUUAUCUAUUCUAUGUUACAGAAGAUAAAAUGUUAAAAGAGCUACUUUAUAAUUAUGCAUUAACAAAUAAUGCAAAUUAUUAUAGAUUAUAAUGGACAUUAAUGGCAUUAAAUGAGAAUUCUAAUUAUGAAAAUGUUAAAAAUGGCUUUUCCACUUUUAUUAAUGUAAUUUUAUUGAAAUUUAUAUUAAAUUAGUAAUUAAAAGCAGAAUAUGUUUUAGAACUUGGAACAUAAAUAGGAAAUAAUUAAAAAAGUACGAAUAACAUAGAUUAAGUGAUGAAAAAUCGUAUUAAAAAUUAUAGGGAAAUAUAGGAUAAAAUUAUAUUUAAUUUGAUAGAAAAAAGUUUGAGAUUGAAAAAAAUAGAUAUAGAAAACUAAAAGGAUCAUAUGUGUAGAUUUUUAUCCUAGAUUAAUAAAAUGAUAGCAAAUUUGAGAAUUUAGGAAGAGCCUGAAUUUAGGGGAUUGACUAUUCCAUUUAAUUAUGGCAAUUUAGAUUCUUUUUUAAUUAUAAAUUUGUUAGAAGAUGAGUUUACUUGUUUUAAUACUGCAAAAAGAGUUCCUUAUAAGAUUAUUAUUGAAACAGUAAAGUAAGCCAUUAAUUAAAUAAUCAAUUAGUCCAUCAGAGUUAUUAUUGAUAUAGAGUGUUAAUUAAUUAUGUUAAGAUAAUUAACCAGAAUUGAUUCCUUUUUAUGAUAUAGAAAAGGAAAUGAAAACUAUUUCAUAGAUAAAAAUAUAUUAAUAAUAUAAUAUUGAAGAAUUAAAAAAGUAUAAUAUAUCAUAAUCUUUAUUUUUAGAUUAGCAUUUAAGAAAAUAGAUUUAUAAAAUUUAUCUCAUAUUCAAAAUUUAACCAAAAUUAAGGAAAAAGAUAUUUAUGUUUCUAAAUCAUAAAAUAAAUCUAUUUGGGGUGAAGAUUGGAAUAUUACAAAAUAAAAAAUUAAAUAAUAUUCUUAAUAUGGAAAUUUGAAAUCUCAUGAUGUUAGAUAAAUUAUAAUAAAAGGAGGAGAUGAUCUUAGAAAUGAAUUAUUGAUAAUGUAAAUGAUGAAAAAGAUUAAUGAAAUAUUCAAAUAGAAGUAACUUAAACUUUUUCUAAGACCUUAUGAUAUUAUAUUAACAUCUGCAAAUAGUGGAAUCUUAGAAUUCAUUCCUAAUACAGUAUCUAUAGAUAAGAUCAAGAGAGAUAAUCCAAAUCUCUCUUUGAGAUAAUUUUACUUAAAAAACUUUGAAAACUUUUCAGAUGCACAAAAGAAUUUUGCUGAAAGUUUGGCAGGAUACUCAUUAAUUUGUUAUUUAUUUUAAUUAAAGGAUAGACAUAAUGGAAAUAUUUUAAUUGAUAAUGAAGGUCAUAUAAUUCAUAUAGAUUUUGGAUUUGUAUUGACAUUAACUCCAGGUAAUAUUGGAUUUGAAUCAGCUCCAUUUAAAUUAAUAAAUGAAUAUGAAGAAUUAUUAAAUGGUAAAGAUAGUGAUAUUUUUACUUAUUAUUAAGUUCUAAUAUUUUCAGGUAAUUAUAAAUAUAAUUUUAUAUAGGACUUACUAUUUUGUAAGAACAUGUGUCAGAAUUAUUAACUUUUGUAAAAUUAAUGAAUUUCAGCACAAGAAAUAAUCUCUUGGCAUGUCUUGAAAAUUUCAAUAUGAUUGAAUUCAAGAGGAGAUUUCAUGAAAAUGUUAAUUAAAAGAAUCUUUAUGCUAUAGUAGAAAAUCUAGUUAAGAAAUCAAGUAAUUCGUGGAAAACAAUAUUAUAUGAUUAUUUUCAAUACUAAACCAAUACUAUUUAUUAUUGA